UUUUCGUCACAAGAGAAAAUAUAUUGUUACUAAUGAAGGCGGAUAUUUGUCAGAGAGUUCAUCAAAUUCAUCCCCCUCUCUCUCUUUCACUCUGCAACACAAAUACUUGUUCACAUUAUGGUGUGAGUGGAUUGUAGUUGAAUUCCUUCUCUGUCAAGCAAAUGCGAGCAAAUCAAAUUCUCAUGAAUUGUUCUCAAUCUAAUGAUCUAUAGCCUCUUCAGAGAUCUGAGUUCGAGAAUUUCUGUUCAUAACAAGUUAAGAGCGAAUCGAGUUUGAAUUUCGAAAUGCAAGACAUCCAUUCAAUUGGUGGUGGAGGCAGGUUGUUUGGCGGCGGUGGAGGAGACCGGAGGUUACGGCCCCAUAACCACCAGAACCUCCAGGAGCUCAAGUGCCCGCGCUGUGACUCGCUCAACACUAAAUUCUGCUACUACAACAACUACAACCUCUCGCAGCCCCGCCACUUUUGUAAGAACUGUCGGCGCUACUGGACCAAGGGCGGCGUUCUCCGUAACGUCCCCGUCGGUGGUGGUUGCCGCAAGACCAAACGCUCCAAGGCCAAGCCAUCCUCUGGGAACGCAUCUUCACCACCACGGGCGCAGCAGCAGCAGCAGCAACAACAACAUGAGGGCAAUUCGAAUUCUCAUUCGAGCAGCGAGAGCUCCAACCUUACGGCCGUCACGAACACGACUACAGCGACCACCGCGUGCACAAUUGAAGGCGUUUCUGUGCAAUCCGCGAGCUCUGCUUCAAAAUUCUUCGCUAAUGCGAACCCUAACCCCAGUUUCCAACCUUCGUUGCUGGAGGAGGGAUCGGACUGUGGGAUCUUCACCGAGAUGGGGACCUUUACAAGCCUGAUUACGUCGUCCAACGAGCAAUUGUCGUACGGAUUUGGGAAUAUACAGAAUCAAGAGGAGCUGGAGCAGAACCGAGAGUGGCAUGAGCAGGAGCAGAAGAUGAUGAGCGUUGGUGGCGAGGAAUUGAAGAUGGAGGAGCAGAUGGCGGGUGGGUUCGAUCAGACGGUUAGCGUUGAUCAAUUUGGAUCGUUGGAUUGGCAGGGGAGUACAGAUCAAGGUUUGUUUGAUGUUCCUAACACCGCUGAUCAUGCAUACUGGAAUCAGAGUCAGUGGACUGAUCAAGAUCAGCCUAAUAAUCUCUAUUUCCCUUAAAAAUCUCUUACCUCUUUUAACACCAAGAAACAAACAAAAACCUCUCAAAAAAAUUAAAAAAGAAAAGGAAUGUUAUUUGGAAAAAUAUAUGAAUAUGAGUCUACGACUCUUGUUUCCUUGUAAAUUUUUAUUUAUUUCUUGGUUUUAUUUUGAUAUUUUGGAAAGUGUUGGGUGGUUUGGAUUCGACGUUAAAGUGCAACUGACUUUUUAUUGUGUUUUUAAUUUUAAUUUUGGGGAGUUUGCUUCACAUGUACGUGAGAUUAAAUUGAUAAAAUAUAUAGAGAAAUAUAGAGUUUCUUUUUUUUGGUGA